CGAAAACGGUUGCGUUACCGUUGCCGUUCGGGUGCCGCCGCCGCCGACGAAUCCGUCGGCCUGAAGGACUAUGCAGAGCGUAGACAUGAGCACAAAUGGACGAGACCCCAUUCCAUGGCUGUACCAGGCGCUGCCAUCCCGCAAUGCACCAUUGGCCGUGGCGGCGAAGGACAGGCCUCUAUACCUCAACGCCAAGGCGCUCAAGAGCCUCUUCCAGACAGACCGACCCGGCUACCAGCCGGCCACUAACGUCACUCGCCGCCGCAAGCGGCUACAGUCUGUUGAGGCGCUGACGGUGAAGCACUCGCCCAAGCCGAGCGUGAAUCAAGUCGACGACGAGAUGCACCGAAUGCACCGCCGUCGCCGCCGCGCCACCAGCAGCCAUGCUCCUUCUCCAACAGCACCACCAGCCUUGACCGUCCCGUCAGCAUCUCUCACCAAAAAUAACGAACUGCCGGUGUCCGAGGCGGUCGCAUCGCAGCUCGGUGUGACGUCCGACGAGCUGAGCGCGCUGGAGGCGUCACUUGGGGACAUAACGGACGACUUGGAGCAAAAGUAUCGAAGCGUAUUUGACGAAUUUGACGUGGACAAGAGCGGCGCGAUCUCGCCCGAUGAGCUGCGGACUCUACUCAAGUCGGUCGGCGAAGACGCGUUGGAUGAGGCCGACAUUAACGAGAUCAUCGCGCAGGCCGACGCUGACGGAAACGGCCAGAUCGAGUUCAACGAGUUCAUUCAGAUGAUGCAGGCCCGCAAGCGGCUUCUGGCGGUCGUGCAGCACUUGGGCAAGUCGGGCUCGUCGUUCGGCGCAUCCCAGCCAUCCAUGACGGUGCUUUCACCCCUACCACCGCUCAAGAUGGGCCAGAUCCAGUCCAAGAAGCACAUGAAGCACUAUAACCGAUUCUUUAGCCGACCGACGCCCACGUGCCUCCGACCUGGCGCGGCCACCGACAUGACGUCGCUGCGGCGGGAGCUAGCGCUGUCCGAGUACGGCCUCAAAGAGCUCGAUCUGAAAGUAAGGGAGGACGUGCAGUGGGUCCAGGCAAACGUGCCCGUGACGUCGCUCAAAGCGCAGCUCUUCUGUCACAAGUGGGGCGCCGAGAAAAUGAACGCGCUCUUCUCGCGCAUCCUGCUCAACUUUCAGGCGAGGGCGUUCUACAAAUGGGUCGACUACCUCCGAUUCCUUGCGACGAAAGCCAAAGCCGAUCGAUACUUGAAGUGCAAAGCCGGGUCCCGCAUCACGUCACUCAUGCACAACUGGACGCUCAAGUCGCUCGGGCGGGCGUGGGUUGCGUGGGCCGCGGGCGUGCGAGAGCAGUCCCGGAACGAGCGCCAUGCUUCGGCCCUCGAGAUUCAGCGACUUGCGCGAGGGUUCCUCUCUCGCACUGCCGUCGUUCGACAUCUCCAGCAUGUCGGCGCCGUCCAAUUUCAGCGGGUCGUGCGAGGGUUUCUCGGCCGGCGCCGCGUCCUGCGUCUCCGCCGGGCCAACCUCGAGCAAGCGUGUGCAUCGCUUCUCCAGCGAUGCUUUCGUGGGUAUGCCGGGCGCAAACUCGGCCGUCUCCUCUUUCAAACGCAGGCCGAACAUCGCGCCGCCUCGCGCAUCCAGCGCGCAUUUCGAUCGUACGAACAAAAGCUAUUUGCGAGGGCCGUGGCCCAGACGCGGCAGCAGCAUGACGCGGCGACCACAAUUCAGUGCGCCGGGCGACGACGCCUCGCGGUGCGGGAGGCGAAGAGGCGCCGGGACUCACGUCAGCGGGAGGCAGCCGUCCGACGCAUCCAGCGCGUGGGACGAGGGAUGCUGGGGCGGCGGCGAGCAGGGCGCACGCGGCAGCAAAAGGCAGCUGCCAUCAAAAUCCAGAGCCAGUUCAAAGGCACACAGGGACGCCGACGGGCCAAGCACGUGCGGGACGAAAAGGCAAUCAAGCGGCUCAUGGUGCGGCGCGACCGAGCGGCGCUCAAGAUUCAGUCGGCAUGGCGAGGCAAAAAUGGCCGGUAUGCGUACCACUUGAAGCUCCGGGCGAAGAAGGAGCUCGAGAUGGAGCGCCAGCGUCUUCGCCAAUCGAGCGCUGUUCGCGUCCAGGCGCUGUACCGCGGGUACAAGUGCCGCGUUUUCUGCGCACACUUGAGUGCGGAGCGUGCGCUGCGGCGGCGCCAGGAGCAACAGCAGCGCGCAGCGCUCAAGAUACAAGUCGCGUGGCGGGGAUUCCACGGGCGGCUGGCCGUUCACAUGCGCCGGCAGGCGAAGGCCGCGAUCGACCUCGAAGAGAAGGCAGCCGCCGUCAAAAUCCAGAGCAUUGCACGAGGAAAUCGAGCACGCGUGGAGGCGCACCGCCUGCAGCAACGGAAGCGGAGGGAAGAGUUGCUUUGGCAAGAGCGCCAAGUGGCCGCGACCAAGAUCCAAUCCGCUGUGCGGGGGAAGCUCGGAAGGAAGAAGGCAGCGGCAAAGCGCGCGUUGUACCAGUCCAGCGCCCAGGAAGCACUUGCCAAGCUCGUCAAGCACGCCAAGGAAGAGGCGGCGAUUCGCAUUCAGUGCUGCAUCCGCGGGUUCCUGUCGCGGCAGCGGUAUCGUCGCCGGCUGCGUGAGCACAAGGUCAAGCUGGCGCGCCUCGAGCUCGAACGUCGAGAGGCAAAUGCCGUUAUCCGCAUUCAGUGCGCGCUGCGGAAGCGGAAAGCGACAAAGUUGCUCGCCCAGCGCCGCGUCGAAUUCCAAAAGCGCAUCGCCAUGCUGGCGUCCGAAAAAGCCAGCGACGAGAUUGCACGGCUGCGGCGGGAGCAAGAGGCCGAGCUCGCCGCGAUGAAGAUGCAGCUCUUGAUGGAGAAGGACGCGAUCGAGAAGGAAGCGAUGCGCCUGCGCCAGGAAGUCGCUGCCCGCAACGAAGCCGCGCAGUUCCAGCUCGCACAGGACCAGAAAAUGAUCGCACACGAAAAAUUGACGGCGAUUUUGGAGGCGUCGCGGACGGACGACGCGUUGGAGCGUUUGCGACAAGACGAACAACGGGCGCGGGAGGUCGAGAUGGAGCGCGCGCGGCUGGCGUCGGCCGAGGCACGGGAGCGGCAAAAGGCCGCGGAGGCGACGCGGCGGCAGGAAGAAGAUGCCGCGAUGGCGCUCAAGCAGAGCCUGUCGACGCUGGACACGAUGAAGACGAAGGAGCUCGUGCGGAAGCAGGAACAGGCUCUGGAAAAAGAAAAGGAAAAAACGGCAGCGCAGACCAAGACACUAGCGCAACAUCACGCGGCAGUCAAGCUUCAGGGCUGGGGGCGGAAGCAUCUCACGCGCCGCAAGAUCUCCCGCAUGAAGAGGGAGCAACAGGCGGCGCUGGACGCGCUCAAGUCGGAAGAGCAGCGCGCGGUGCUCAGAGCCAAACAGGAAAAGGAAAACGCCCGACUCAAGAUAAAGAUGCUGCUGGAAGAAGAGGCGCGGGCGCAGGAGCAGGAAGCGCGGGAGCUCGAGCUCAUGCUCAAACAGAAGGAACUGCGGGAGAAGCAGCGGCUCGAGGACAAGAAACACAAGGACUUGGCCGCGCGCAAGAUCCAGGCGGCUGGAAAGGGAUACGUUGCGAGGAGAAACUUGAAGCAAAUGCAGCGGCAGAUGGAGUUUGAGCGGCAAAAGCGCGAGAACGCGCUCAAGGACGCGGCGGUCGAAGUGUCGACGGAGGACGAGUGGGUCGAGUACUGGGACGAGAACGCACAGGCGUCGUACUUUUUCAACAUUCGCACGCAAGAGGCCAGCUGGACCCGGCCUGGCUACACCAACCCGACCGAAGUGGCGGCGCAGCUGCUCAGCUACAGCACGGCCCUCACCGCGCAGGACUACCAGCAAGACAACUACGGCGCAUAUUACAACGCGGACGGGUACAAGGACGACGUGGGGUAUUACGAUGACGCUGGGCAGUACCAUUACUAUGACGGCGGAGCGGGCAACCACUCGACGGCAAACGACGGAUGGGCCCAGUACAAGGACGACCAGUCGGGCGCCGCAUACUUUUACAACCACUUUACUGGGGAGCGGUACUGGGCGUAAGACAACCCCGUUUCUUGUGCAUGGCGUUGUGCUUGUUGCCGUGGAAUGGCGUGGGUCAUGGCCGGCUUUGGUGGCCAAAUACACUCGGUUCCGGCGGCCACUUGUACUGGCGGUCGACGGAUUGAGUGAGGAACGAAGACAACUUGACACGGGGUGGGGUGGGCAGGGCGUCGGCCGGGUUUUCUUGGUUCGGGCUCCCUUGACAGGUUGCCAACGAUGGUGCGGAAGGGGUAAAGUGCAUGGCCAUGGCGCUCUGGACGGUUUCGAGCCGCGCAACGCGGUUGUCGAGAGCAGCGAGUUUUUCGUCAAACGCACGGCUAAGUGCAUCCAGCUUGGACGCCACGUUCUC